AUGCACAACUGUCAUAGCAUCCACAAGGAGAAAGAUCUACCAGUGCUACCGGGACCAUAUCCGAUUGUUGAAGACCCCAGCACCUGUGAUAUCGUCAAGGCUACACAGUACGGAAUAGUAGAGCGAUGCAAAGAACUGGUCGAAGCAGGAUAUGAUGUUCGACAACCAGACAAAGAAAAUGUGACUCUUCUUCACUGGGCGGCGAUAAACAACAGACAGGAGCUGGUUAAAUACUAUAUUUCCAAAGGCGCAAUAGUGGAUCAGCUAGGUGGAGAUUUGAAUUCAACUCCUCUUCACUGGGCCAUUAGACAAGGACACCUCCCUAUGGUCAUUUUAUUACUGAAAUGUGGAGCGGAUCCCAGCCUUAUUGAUGGGGAAGGAUUCAGUAGCAUUCAUUUAGCAGUGCUGUUUCAACACAUGCCAAUUGUAGCUUACCUCAUAUCAAAAGGACAGAACGUAGACACAACAGACCUCAAUGGACAAACACCUUUAAUGUUAUUGGCACAAAAAGCGAUUGGACCAGAACCCACGAGGUUUCUCUUAAAGUUUAACCCCUCUCUCAAUGCUGUAGACAAUGUUCAAAAGAAUACUGCACUGCAUUGGGCAAUAACGUCAGGCAAUACUAGUGCAGUGGAUCUGUUGCUGGAAGCUGGUGCUAGCCUGGACAUAAAAAAUGUCAAGGGAGAGACACCACUUGACCUUGCUUAUCAAAGUCUGAAUCGCUUCAUGGCUUAUAUGGUAAAAGAGGAAGAAAAAGUGAGAAACAGAAGAAAUAACAGGUUACUAAGAAUACUAGAGAAAUACGAGCUCUUCCUGCUGUUGGCAUCUUCCUUGAUGCUGGUGUGGGCCAUAGGAUACGUAAUGAACUUAAGUUCUGAUUCUUGGCUGUUGAAAGGAGGUCUGCUGCUCUUCCUGCUCUUUGGGAUGGCUCUGUUUGUGAGGCAUUUUGUGGGGCUCAAGAAUCUGAGGUAUCUUCCCACAGCGUUUCUGCUAAGUUCAGUUUUUUGGAUGCUCGUGACCUGUUUUUUCUGGUUCCGGCCUGAUGUAAGUAAUACAAUUGUUGAAAUCACUGUCAUGUUCAGCGUGGUGGGUCUUCUGUAUUAUUUCUAUAAAACUUGGAGAACUGAUCCUGGACAUAUUAAGACUUCAGAAAAAGAAAGAAAAGAGAACAUCGUAGCUCUUGCAGAAGCAGGUUGCUUGGACUUCAGAACGUUUUGCACAUCGUGUCUUGUAAGGAAGCCUUUGAGAUCUAUGCAUUGCCUUGCUUGUGAUUCAUGUGUAGCGAGAUACGAUCAGCAUUCUCUGUGGAUUGGAAAGUGCAUAGGCGUUGGGAACCAUCGUUACUACCUAUUGUUCCUGUCUUUCCUAACUAUGACCGGUGGCUGGCUGCUUUAUGGAACUCUUCUGUACUGGUCAAACCAUUGCGCAACCAGUUAUCAUCAAGAUGGAGCAUGGACAUACUUCACACAGAUAAUAUAUUGUUCUCCGUGGGUUUCCUACAUCUUUGCAGUAGCCUGUUUUCAUACUGUGUGGGCUUCAUUGUGGCUGACUGUUCAGCUUUAUCAGAUUGCAUUCUUGGGAUUGACCUCGCAUGAGAGAAUGAACUUCCUGAUACAGAGAAAAUCUUCUAAGCAUCCUGUUGCACUCAGGAGAACUCCAUACAAUCUUGGAUGCUUCCAGAAUCUUGCAGACUUUUUUCAGUGCGGUUGCUUUGGUAUGUGCAAACCCAAUGUAGUUGACUGGACCAAGCAAUACAACCUUCUUCAUCUGACAAAGGAGAAAAAUGUUCAUUCUGUAUGA